AUGCAUAACCCACGUGGGCGCACCCCACCAAACGCUCCUUGUUUCGAGGUACAGACAGAUUUGUUACUUCGUCGCGUCGACGGUAUGUCAGCAGUAGCGCAUUAUAAUACAGAUUACGUCUAUACCGUACGUCAUUGCCUGUUGUACUGUUCUGUGAUACGACACAUGAUGAAAGCGGUUAUUGCUGUACAUGUCGGCGCUGGGUAUCACUCGGAAUUGAAGUUGCCCCAGUACAAACGGGUAUGCAAAACUGCUUGUCAGAAAGCGACCGCCAUGCUCGAAAACAGCGAGUGUACAGCAGUCGACGCAGUGACAGCCGCAGUGACAGUUUUAGAGAAUGACCCCAUCACAAACGCGGGAUUUGGCUCGAACCUAACCUUGAAAGGAACUGUCGAAUGCGAUGCUUCAGUUAUGGACGGUCGUUCCUUGAAUUUUGGAGCAGUUGGUGCCCUGUCAGGGUACAGCAAUCCCAUCUUGGUAGCAAGAGAGAUCUGUAAUCAGCAGGUUAGGAAUAACUUGACGUUUGGCAGGUUACCGCCAUGCUUUCUUGUUGGGAAUGGAGCAGCUGAGUGGGCUAGAGAAAACGUCUUGACUUCGGAAAAACAACAACAUUUAGUUUCAGAAGAAGCAAAGAGAAGUUAUCUGAAGUACAAGCGAAAGAUUGAGAGACACGAAGAAGGAGGCAGCGCAGGAGGAGAGGUAGAAAGACUGGAUACAGUCGGUGCCGUCUGCUUGGACAAAAGUGGAAAUGUGGCGUCUGCUGUUUCCAGCGGAGGAGUCCUUUUGAAACACCCAGGCAGAGUUGGACAAGCUGCAGUGUAUGGCUGUGGUUGCUGGUCGGAGUUGUUCGAUUCAUCCUCUGCAGUUGCAGUGUCAACUUCGGGUGGUGGCGAACACUUGAUCAAGACUAUGCUGGCACGUAGGUGUGCAGAAGCUUUGCGGACUAGUGACAAUGCAGUGCCUGCACUGAGCGACUGUUUGAAGGAACACUUUUUACAAUCUCGCUACUUGAAAGGUGUCGAUCAAAAGCUUGGAGGAGUUCUUGCUCUCAGCGUAGAUCACCAAGAUGCAGCCUGUGAUGUCAUCUGGGCUCACAGCACAAAGAGUUUGUGUUAUGGGUACAUGGAAACUGGCGGAAGGACCGCAAAGUUUGGUUGUUCUCGGCUCGAAGAAGUAGACGUGGGACGAAACGUAGUCGUUGGGGGAGUUACGUUGCGACUUUCAUCUCUGACUUAAUUGCAUUAUAUCUGCCUGCAAUAAAGAAAUGUUGACAGA